ACCACAAUGCGUAGUGUUAGAUUACCACUGUAUUCAACGACAGCAGCUGACAGCGUUUUAGCGCUUAGGACUUGCUUCCACAAGCAAUUGUUAUACGCAAUUUACACAACAACGUUUUUCACGAUCAAAUAAUUUCUGAAAGUUAUUCCAUACUUCAUCGAAUAAAGAAGUGUAAUAAAGUUCGCGAAUCUCAUAUCAUUCAUCAUGGAGGAAAUACGCGCAUCAAAUCUGGUUGAUGCGAUGUGUAUCACCAGCGACAAGACCACUACUAAUUUCAUGAAAGAAACACCAAAUAUUACGAAAUACUCGUUAGCCGAUUCGGCCGACGGAUUGAACAGUGAUAUGGACUAUCACAUCGAAAUAAUUAACAAAGACGAUAAAUUAAGGGUGCUAAAAUUCUUGAGAAGGUUCUUCUUCAGAGAUGAACCGCUCAAUCAGAGCAUUCAACUGAUCCCGGAGGGCGAGGACAGUACUUGCGUGGAAUUGGAAGAUUAUUGCAGCCAUUCGUCGUUCGAAAAUAAUUUGAGUCUAAUGGCAGUUACUACGAGUGGUGCAAUUAUCGGUGUCCAGCUCAAUGGUAAAACAGAUCCUCCAUCGGAUGAAGAGCCAGAAUACAUAAAGUCGUGCAAAAACCCAAAAUUUAAAAAAAUAUUGAAAUUAUUGCAUCAUAUAGACAAAAGCGUGAACGUGAAUGGACAAUUUCGAGAUUUAAAUGUCUUGGAGAUCAAAAUACUCUCAGUAAAUACAAAUUGGAGAGGAAAAGGCAUUGCAAAGGCUCUCAUAGAAAAAGCAAUGGAAAUUGCAAAGGAGCAAGGAUUUCAUUACGCUAGAGCGGAUUGCUCGUCCUUCUUCUCCGGCAAACUUUGUGCACGACUUGGCUUUGACGCGAUAUACAAACUCAAUUAUAACGACUACGUAGAUGAAGAAGGAAAACCAAUCUUUUCACCUGCUUCGCCUCACACAGCAAUUGUUAGUUACAUAAAAAAAUUAUAGAGCAAAAAAAAAAAAUUAAAUUAAAAAGUUAGUCGUCGAAAUUAAUAACAGAUGUGAGUUCAGUUUGACAAAAAAAAUAUUAAUGAUAUAUAAUUGAUACAUACAUAUAAA